AAUACUGUUCUACGUAUUUUUUUGUGGGUGAASACCACAGAAAACAUGCAAAGGGCAUGUUUCGUAAGAUUCUUGCGGUUGUUGAAUCUUCCAAUUUCUCUUCUUUCCUUUCGCAUCCUAUUGCGCCCUCAACGCUGCGUCGUUCGUUGCAGUAUGUCCCACGUUUAAACACUGUCAGGCAGCAACUUAAACGGAAGAGCUUCGCGGUUUCGUUCCUCCCCGAUGAGCUUGUAGUCAAUAGUCUUGGCGUUGAAGUCGACAAGCAUCAUUUGAAAUUCUUCAGCAGAGACUACUUCUUGUUCCAUCAAUGCCUUCGUUAGGUGCUCAAAGAGGUCUCUGUUUUCGAGGAGGACAGUCUUGGCGAUGAUAUAACUGUUGUUGACAAGACGCUCGGUCUCUUCUUCGACGUCCUUCAUCUUGUCGGUUCCCCACAAAGUUCGUCCUUGCAACAUGGCCAAACCCUGGAACUGAGGGCUUCCGCCGCUUUCGUCCAAGCAAAGACUUCCAACCUUUUCACUCAUGCCCCAUUCUGCCACCAUGCGCUUUGCAAUACUGGCAACUUGUUGGAUAUCGUUCGARGCUCCAGUGGUGACUCGAUCUUCACCGUAAAUAAUUUCUUCGGCGAGACGUCCACCGAGAGCAACCGCAAGCUGGGAUUCAAGGUAUUGCUUGCUGUACAUACCGGAUUCSAGACGAGAUUCUUGGGGAGCAAAGAAGGUCAAUCCUCCAGCUCCAUUGGACCGGGGGAUGAUCGAAAUUUUCUGCACCUGGUCAUAAUCAGGAACAAGGGCUCCGACUACAGCAUGCCCAGCCUCGUGGUAGGCCACCAUUUCCUUGGACUUCAUCUCCUGGUUUCCACCCUGCUUUUCAAGACCCACCAUGAGGCGGUCCACAGCUCCGUCGAUUUGCUCCCAUCCAAUAGUGCUCUUGUUGGCACGUGCAGCAGAGAUAGCUGCUUCAUUCAUGAGGUUUUCCAAUUGAGCUCCGGAAUAACCAGGAGUACGGCGGGAAAUAGCUUCCAGGUCAACAUCAGGCUCGAGCGGCUUUCCUCGCGAGUGGACUCCCAAGAUGCGGGUUCGACCCUUGAAGUCAGGAAGGUCCACGGUGACCUUMCGAUCAAAUCGUCCGGGACGCAAGAGAGCUUGAUCCAAAAUGUCGACACGGUUGGUAGCAGCAAUAGUGAUGAUACCGGGAUUUCCAUCGAAUCCAUCCAUCUCCACCAAAAUUUGAUUCACGGUCUGUUCACGUUCAUCGUUUCCGCCGGCAAACCCAGCGCCACGUUGACGUCCAACAGCAUCGAUCUCAUCGAUAAAGAUAAUGCACGGAGCRUUCUUCUUUGCUUGUCCAAAGAUAUCGCGAACACGGGAGGCACCUACACCAACAAACAUCUCCACAAACUCGGAACCACUAAUGGAGAUGAAGGGGACACCAGCUUCUCCAGCAACUGCUUUAGCCAAAAGAGUCUUACCAGUACCGGGAGGUCCAUCCAGAAUGACACCUCGGGGAAUUCGGCAACCGUUGUUGGUGUACGCUUCCGGUUGUUUCAAGAAAUCAACAACCUCGCACAAUUCAAGCUUGGCACCAUCACACCCGGCAACAUCAUCGAAUGUCACACCGGUGUCUGGAACCAUUUGGAUCUCGGCCUUCGAUUUUCCGAAUCCCAUGGGUCCUCCUGGGCCUCCGCCCAUACCUCCCAUGCCGCCCUCUCCUCCGGCCCGACGACUCAAGAAGAAGAGUCCGGCAAACAACGCCGCGGGGAAGAUGAGCGAUUGCGCGAGUUCUCCAAGACCACUAGCUUCUUGUUGCGGCAACACAGUAACAUCAACCUAGGAAAGAGAAAAAAGAAAUGGUUUGAAAACGUGAGCAUCGGAAAAUUACAAAGAGCGACCCAUCAACUACAUGAAUCGCACGCCACUCCACCAGCAAAGCCGCACCUUGUGGUCUGUGAGCUGGGUAAGGAGACCGGGAUCGUUGGGUAGAGCUUCGAUCUUGAGUCGGGUUCCGUCUACAUCGACUCCCAACAAUUGGGUUCCAUCGGCACUGAAGGUGACCUUCUCGAUCUUGUCUGCAUCCACGAGUUUCAAAAAGUCAGAGUAUCGAACGUCGGAUGGUCCGUACUGGCUCUUUUGAAUAACAGGAACGUCAACAUCGGCGGCCAUCGAUAAAGAACCGGUGGAUUGGUACUUGAAGUUGGUACGGACGGGUGUGUAGGGAGAGAAGGCUGCUGCUUGCUCACCCAUCAAAAGGGCCACAACGGCGGUCGUUGCGAACUUCAUGAUUGUUGUGUUUUUUUCAAUUUACUAUGUGUAGCUGUUCAGUAGAAGUUUCCAACACCUGAUGAAUCGAUUUGGGAGCUUCGGGUUAAAGUUCAAUCG